AUAGCCAUUCAUCUCCGUAUUUUAGUCAAAACAGGGCUAAUUUUCCUAUUGAAUCAUUGGGAUCUGUAUGGUUAAAGCAUCCUUUUUCACUGAUGCCCACGUCGACAUUGUCAACAUCCCAAAAAUCAUGAAUUUUUAAGCCAUUUAGAACUUAGAAUGUUUAGAAUAGAUUUUCACUUAUCGCCAGAUGGAAUUUUCGAUGGUUUUCAUCCAUUUUUCAAUUUUCUUAGGCCGGGCAGCAGAUUCCCUGCUUGCCUCGGUGACGAGACCUGACCACGAUGGUAUCCACGCCGACACGCUGCCUCGGCUGCCAGAGGAAAGUGAGGAGUCGAGGGGAUCUCUCCCGGUCCUGACCGGUCCACAUGCUGCCGGCACUUGCCAACCUUGUGUUUUGUUUGCGGCGACAGUGGGGUGUCACAAAGGAGAGAGGUGUCAGUUCUGCCAUAUGCCACAUGCUCCAGACGCACGCUCGGCGACUCGCGGUGUGCGCAAGCACACUCGUGAUAGCAUCAAGCAACGAGUCUUGGGGCUCCUGCGACCCCCUGUUGAUUUGGACGCGAUCCACUCAGACCUACAAGGGGAAGCUGAUCGGCACCCCUUUGGCAGAAAGUUGAUCAUCAAGUUAUUGCAGGAAACUCCAGAAGAAUAUCGGCAUUAUCGUCACCUUGAGCAGGUUGAAAACCGAUCAAAAGCUUCUUCUGCAGGAAUUUAGGUGGUUUUGGACUUUUGAAUAUUUUGAACCAGAUGGUAUGAUGUAGAACCCCAGUUUUUCGGACAUGAAACAACAACGACAGGCGCCAUGCCCAAGGGAAACGAAC